CCAAGUUCCUAUUAAGUCAUAUGACUGAUAUUUUCCAACAUGGCUCGAGCGCUGUUGUUGUUUGUGUUUAUGUUGUCUGGUGUCUUUGCUGGACGCUACUUUAACGAGAAACAACCGUGCUAUCGACCCAAGCUGACCAAGCACAAUGGAGUCAGGACGAUGCCCAGACCCCACGAGUUCCUGAAACUCAAUGAGCUCCCCAAGGCGUGGGACUGGAGGAACAUCAACGGCACCAACUACGUCAGCACCACCCGCAACCAGCACAUCCCCCAGUACUGUGGCUCCUGCUGGGCACACGGCAGCACCAGCGCCAUGGCAGAUCGCAUCAACAUCAAGCGGAAGGGAGCCUGGCCCUCUGCUUAUCUGUCAGUCCAGAAUGUGGUGGACUGUGGCGAGGCCGGCUCCUGUCAUGGAGGGGAUCACUCUGGGGUGUGGGAGUACGCCAACAAACACGGCAUCCCUGACGAGACCUGCAACAACUACCAGGCCAAGGACCAGAAGUGCAAACCGUUCAACCAGUGUGGAACCUGCACAACGUUCGGGGUCUGCAACAUCAUCCAGAACUAUACCCUGUGGAAGGUCGGAGACUUCGGCGACGUAGGUGGGAGGGAGAAAAUGAUGGCCGAGAUCUACGCUGGAGGACCUAUCAGCUGUGGAAUCAUGGCCACCGACAAGUUGGACGCCUACACUGGAGGCCUGUACUCUGAGUAUAUCGAGGAGCCCUCCAUCAACCACAUUGUGUCUGUUGCCGGCUGGGGCAUGGAUGAAAACGGUGUGGAAUUCUGGAUCGUCCGCAACUCAUGGGGAGAGCCCUGGGGUGAGAAGGGCUGGCUGAGGAUCGUGACCAGCGCAUACAAGGGAGGAAGUGGCAGUCAGUACAACCUGGCCCUGGAGGAAGACUGCAUGUACGGAGAUCCCAUCGUGCCUAAGACCUACCUGUAGACAACAGGCAGUGGGACCAACCAAUGUUUCUUCUAAAGACCUGGGGCCUCUUAACAAUCGUUGCGUAAAUUUCACACUAAAUAUCUGUCCGCCAUUUCUGAGAAGAAUACGUAGGUAUAAAAAUAGAGAUUUUAUAAAUCAGACCUGUCCUACAACUGUGCACGCAUGAACGAGCGUUAUAACACCGCCUGGAAAAUGCCUCCAUUCACCUUUUUAUGGUGACAAUAACGCCCUUUAUUUGCUGUAUCAUUUGGAACUAUUGGAAUUGGCCCAAAGAUUUUUUUUAAACGAGCAAAUUUAGUUAGAUUGUAUCUUAUAAACCGCGCUGCCUAUGGGAUCGCAUAGGCUACAGUAAAACUUGAAAUGCAUAGCCCAUCUAUUUACUAGGCCCAAUUAAAUGAUGUGCAUGGUAAUUUGUUAUAUGGCUAGCGUCCAGAAAAGUUGAGGAAUUUAUUCUGCAAUGGUUAUGAAAAUAAAAUAAAUAGGAAAUAAAUGUCUAAUUAUUUUAGAUUCCAAAAACAAAACGAAUACCGGUACAUUUUUGCUCUUCUAACUAACUAAACGCAAAUGGUUGAAAUCUUGUUUAUUUUUACAUUUUAUUUUUUUAUCAAUAAGCAUGUCAGCAUAUCCACCAUUUGCACAAAAUACUUACUUGCCUGCUUGCAAUACCAUACUUCAACCACUACAAAAUGUGCGUACGCAUGGUCUGAAGUUUGCAUGGAGGUAAGCACAUUUGAUUAUAUAAAUGCCAACUUUUGCAGGUAAACUAGCGCACGCAUGUUUUGGGGGUAUAUUUUGUAUGUAUGAAACGUUUGUAAAUGAGGCUCAGAAGCUGUUAAACUGAAUAGACAGCAUUGUAUAUCUACAGUUUUCUAUGACAAUCUCAGGCUACUUCCACAUUGUAACAAUGUACCAUGGUAAAAUGGAAAGGGGACAUUUUUUUUUGCCUUUGUGUUUUUUAAGAUCUUUUCUUAUACAAAAUGUGACUGAACAAGUCAUUAUGUACUUCGCCUUUUGAACAAGUACAAAUGCUGACAAUAUUUGGUGCACAAUUAGCUUAAGAUCUAAGUGCCAGUAAGAUAACUAAUUGUGGCUGUAAAUGUUGAAGCCUUGAUAAAUUCUGAUGCCUUUUGUUGUAUGCAAAUUUAACUGAAUGAUUUUUCAGGAUUUUAACAGCAAUCCACGUGGCUUACAGGUAAUUUAUGCUUGAGUCUUCAUGACGGUUUCCACAAAUGUGAUCUCUGCUAAAGUCAGAUUGUGCAGUUCAAUGUGUUUGAAUCCAGGCCUAGGAUGGAAAGUUGUAAUAGUUGAUACAUUUUCUGAAACGUACUUUCCUUGAACCACCUCAAAAGAAGUGAUGCAGAACGGUGGAUGUCGCUUCGUGUGAAAUGAAUAAAACCAAGACGUGUCAA